AUGGCAGAAUUACAACAGCUUAGAUUAGAAGUAAAUAAUGCUUUUAAACUUAGUGGUUUUACGAUUCGCAGAGAAGCAAGUACUUUUGUAGCUGAACAACUAAUUUCCUUAUCGAAACAAGAUCAAAAGAAAACAAUUGAUAAACUAAUAGCACAUCUUUUGCAUCAGUGUCUUUCACAACCUGUAUUAGAAAAGAAGCAUUUGGAAGUAGCAUAUAGAGAAUGUUCGUCUUCAGGUCUUGAGGAAACGGAAACAGUGUUAAAUAUUAUCGAUGCUUUUGAUGUCCCCAAGCUUCAUUAUGAUAAUGAAAGGAAGAAAUUCGUAAAAGAUAUUAACGCUAAAAAUAAUUUAUAUCCAGAACCGAAUUGGAAAGCUCAGUUGUUAAUUGACAGAUAUACAAUGAUUUUACAGAGAACUAUAAGAAACAAAUUAUUUGCAAAAGAAACAUUACCGUCUAUGGAUAGUGAAAAUCGGUUUCAAUUACGAAAAAUAGAAGUUUUACAGAGUUCUUCAAGUAGAGUAGAAGAUGUUAUUGUAUUGGGAUUAUUGACACAGUUGACAGAAGGUAAAUAUUACUUAGAAGAUCCUACAGGUAGUGUUCUCUUAGACUUGACACAAACAAGGUAUCACUCUGGUCUAUUUACUGAAAGUAGUUUUGUGCUGGCAGAAGGUUUCUAUGAUGAUAAAGUCUUACAUGUUAUGGGUUUAGUUUUACCUCCAUCAGAAAGCAGAGCUGUAUCACUGGAGUUUUUUGGCAGUUUAAAUACAUUUGGUGGCAAAUCAAAAACUUUGUUAAAGAAUUCCCUAAAUCUAUUAAAAGUUGAACAAGAAAAUGAAGAUGGAAUGUUAAUUUUUCUAUCCGAUGUUUGGUUUGAUAAUUUAAAAGUUAUGUCUAAACUAAAAACUUUGUUUGCCGGUUAUAAUGAUUUUCCACCGAUUGCAAUAGUUUUUAUGGGAGAAUUCUUGUCUUGUCCCUAUGGGUAUGAACAUAGCACACAGUUGAAGGCUGCUUUAACAAAUUUAGGUGAAAUAAUUUUUCCAUUUACAAAACUAAGAGAAUCGUGCAAGUUUAUAUUUAUUCCUGGUAGAGGUGAUCCAGUUGCCCCCAAUAUAUUACCCAGGCCAGCGAUACCAAAUUCAGUAACUAAAGACAUCAGAGACAAAUUGGGUGACUCAGUAAUAUUUACAACAAACCCUUGUAGAAUUCAGUAUUGUACACAAGAAAUAGUGGUAAUGAGACAAGAUUUAGUAAUGAAAAUGUGUCGAAACUCCAUACAUUUUCCUGACACUGGUGAUAUACCCGAUCAUUUAACAAAAACAUUAUUAAGUCAAUGUACACUUUCCCCACUAUCGCUAGGUGUUCAACCAAUUUAUUGGAAACAUGCAGAUGCUUUAAAUUUAUAUCCAACCCCAGAUUUGAUAAUAGUCGCAGACCAUUUUCAACCAUACACAAGAAUGUAUCAAAACUGUCAAGUUGUCAAUCCUGGAUCGUUCCCUAGAACUGAAUUCUCAUUUAAAGUGUAUGUGCCUUCUUCAAGAACUGUUGAGGACUCCCAAAUUCCUAAUGAAGAUACA